CGCAUAUCUAUUCAUCUUUGCUCCCACCGAGCUUGACCGAGAAACCAGAAAGAACAAGGAGGAGAAAAGGUGGAUAAAGCGAAGAAAAUAAAUACGUUGGGAAGGGACAGGGAAUACGAGACAUAUAGAUUCUGUGUUUGUGUCUUUAGUACCUGAAGGGUGGUGACAACGGGUCUAUUUCAAGCGAGGGGACCAACAAGCAUACAGUGCUGACCACACCUGACACAGUUUACGGCAGUCAGCUCCUCCGUCUUCUCUGAGCAUGGCAGGCCAGUUGUCCUAAUCGACUCGACACAGUGUAUACACAUGAUGCUCCAGACCCAGUACGGUUCUUCCUUCAGACAAUUUAUUUAUCCCUGUACAUCCUCUUCUUUCUGGGCCUUGUGGUUUGGUGACCUACAUCUACUCUACCCAUGAGCCCCUGCAACUAGGGCUCAACCGUUUGACCUUGGCCUGACCUCUCACCUCUUCUCCAAAGCCACGCCCCCUGGUGAAGAGUGUAUGGAGCAGUGUGAGAGCGCCGCGGCUCUGCUGGAGUCGGUGAGGGAGCAGGAGGUGCAGUUUGAGCAGCUGACCAGAGCGCUGGAAGAGGAGAGGAGGAGGGUACGCCUCACCAGCCCCCCGUCCCACAUCCUCCCACACACACAGAACGGGCGCCUGGGGGAGGCAGACAUAGAACGUCUGAAACUGAGUGAGGGAUACAUCAACGGGACACAGUACAGGAUGGUGGACCCAGUGCAUGGCGUUCUAGACGAGAGCUGCACACCAGAAGAUGAUUCACAGGACAUACAGUCUGUCUUCUCAGACGAUGGAACAAAUGGACGGAGGGCAGGGAACGCGAUGAAGAAGGUGAUCACCUCGCGUACCGUCCUUCCCUCUGAUUCGAUGUCCAUCGACGGAGGACUGUCCGUCUCAGGUAUGGGCGGUUACAGUGCCACUCUGGACCGUACCUACAGGCAGGCUGGAGGGGGGGACUACCCCACAGCCACGGUCCCCAGGAACUACCACUACGGCCCCGCGGGGGGGUACGACGACUACAGGAGCGCCCCGCCCUCCGAGGCCUAUGCCAGCCUGAGCAGAGGCACACGCAUGGACGACCGCUACAGACCUGCGGAUGGGUACAGGACCCUGGACUCUGGGUACCGCGCCCCCAGCAGACAGCAGCUGGACCCCUACGCAGCCCAGCCCCAGGUGGGGCGUGGGGUGAGGGGUGUGGGCAGUGCCCUGGAGCUGGGGGGCAUGCGCUACGCCCACCAGGCCCACUUUGGUGUGGAGGAUGACCAGAGGAGUCUGGGAUAUGAUGAUAUGGAGUAUAGUAUGGCUCCUCCUCCCAUGCACCCAGGGUACGGCACCAUGCCACGACUAGGACCAGGCCCUGGAGGACUGGACAGACGCAGGCUCCGGAGUUGCGAGGACACUUUGGACGGGGACAUGGGAGGAGUCGACCCCUACACCUGGGGCGUCAACAUGGCGAUGGAGAGGGGAAGCAUGGCGUCAUUGGACAGCACCCUGAGGAAGGGCCCGCCCACUUCCUGGAGACAACCGGAGCUACCGGAGGUCAUCGCCAUGUUGAACUACCGACUGGACCCGGUCAAAACCAACGCCGCUGCCUUCCUCCAGCACCUCACCUUCAAGAACGACAAGGUGAAGUCGGAGGUGCGUCGUUUAAAGGGGAUCCCCUCUCUGGUCUCGUUGCUGGACAACCCCAAGAAGGACGUGCACCACUCGGCCUGCGGGGCGCUCAAGAACAUCUCAUACGGACGAGACCACGACAACAAGAUCGCCAUCAAGAACUGUGACGGCAUCCCAGCCUUAGUCAGGCUACUGAGGAAGGCCAGAGAGCAGGACCUCACAGACACCAUUACAGGCACACUGUGGAACCUUUCGUCUCACGACUCGGUGAAGAUGGAGAUCGUGGACCACGCGUUACACGCCCUCUCUGACGAGGUGAUGGUGCCGCACUCUGGCUGGGAGAGAGGGCGUGACGGAGGAGAAGAGAGCCUCAAACCACGCCACCUGGAGUGGGAGACGGCCCUCACCAACACGGCUGGCUGUCUGAGGAACGUGAGCUCAGAACGUAGCGAGGCCAGGCGGAAGCUGAGAGAGUGCACGGGAUUGGUGGACUCGCUCAUGUACAUUGUCCAAUCACAGAUCAACCGUAAAGAUGUGGACAACAAGUUGGUGGAGAACAGUGUGUGUCUGCUGAGAAAUCUGUCCUAUCAGGUUCACCGGGAGGUUCCUGGCUGCGAGCGCUACCUGGAGGCCGCGCCCCUAAACCAGGGCCCUGUCCCCGGAUCAAACAAGGCCAGCUGCUUCGGCUCACGGAAGGGCAAAGAUGAGUGGUUUUCCACAGGUCAGAAAGAUGCGGAUGACGGGAGUGCGGACCAGAUCGAUAUCCCAAAGAGGACGACGCCUGCCAAAGGCUAUGAGCUGUUGUUCCAGCCUGAGGUGGUGCGUGUCUACACUUCCCUGCUGAGAGAGAGCAAGAACCCCUCAGUGCUCGAAGCAGCAGCCGGAGCCAUACAGAACCUGUGUGCCGGACGCUGGACUUAUGGCCGGUAUAUCCGGGCCACGGUACGUCUGGAGAAGGGCCUACCUAUGAUGGCAGAGCUGCUGGCUCAUGGGAACGACCGUGUGGUCAGAGCCAUGUCCGGGGCCCUGAGGAACCUGGCCAUCGACAACCGAAACCGCGAGCUGCUUGGUAAGCACGCCGUGCCCCACCUGGUGGCAGACCUGCCGGGUGGCCAGAGCCAGUCUGCACGACCUCUGUCUGAGGAGACGGUGGUGUCUGUGCUGAGCACGCUCACUGAGGUGCUGGGCAACAGCCUGGAGGCCGCCAAGACCCUCAGGGCCUCCCAAGGCAUCGAGAGACUGGUGCUCAUCAAUAAGGAUGGUAAGCGGUCCGAGCGGGAGGUGCGUGGGGCAGGCCAGGUGUUGCAGCUGGUGUGGGGGCAUAAGGAUCUGCGGCGCCCCCUGGAGAAGGACGGCUGGAAGAAGACUGACUUCACGGUGAACCUCAACACAUCCGCCAACGGCCCCUCCACACGCACCAACGGGACCUACGAGGAAACGACCAUGCCAAUGCUAGACAAAGGGGCGAAGAGAGACAUGAUUCCACUGAAUGACUUAGGCCCUGAAGCCUACUCUACACUGGACCAGCGGGAGAGGAGACGCUCUCUGGACAACUCCCUCGACACCACAGACACUUUACAGCGUGGGGUGUACGGGGGCAGAAAGGGUUCCCUGCCUCUGUUGGACUCCUACGAUGAAGAACUGAUGGUGUGCAUUACCCAGGGUGAGCUGCCCCAACCCUGCCACUGCUGAGCAGAGAACACUAGAGACCCAUGGACUUGCUCUCUCUCAUCCCCCUCUUUCUCUCCUUCCAUCGCAAGGCUAUGGGGGUUGGCAUCCAAAGAAAGUGGUUGUGUUGCAAUCAGAGUGAUAUUAAACACUCAAACUGAACACACACACACACACACACACACACACACCAUAGUAGCGUCAGAAAUAUAUUCCCUGUUAUUUAAAUUAUAUUGAUAUUCCCUUUUCUCAAGGCAAUCGUCUUUGUUUGACAAUCAUUGUUUAUUUCUGUUUUCUGGUUACUUACAUCCAACAUUUGGCUCAAUGAGUGUUUCCUGUCAUUUGUUAGAAUCCUCAUACUCAUCCGAGUGUUUUGUUAUUUUCAUCGUCGUGAAUCGGAUUACUGCCAUCUGCAUCCUGAGAUGAAUUUAUUUUUAAUAUCUGUAGGGUAUGUGUUUGUAUAUAAAAAGAGGAAAUGUUUUGAUUGGGGAGGAAGGUGUCUAUACCUUUUUUAGGGUUGAUUUUAAUUUAAGUGGUACCCAGAUUGGGAUUGGUGAGCGGAAAGGUCAUGCGUGGCUGCUGGACCAAUGGGGCUCGGUCCUCAUAGGUUUCAGAAUGUUUGUAUAGGAGUUAUUUUCACCUUUUCUAGGUAUAUUACAGGCUGGUUGGUUUUGGGGUAGUUGGGAGGAGCGUGUGAGGCCGGUGUGUAAGUGAGGGCCAUACAGGAGACCUGAGACCUGUGUGUGUGUGCAUGAGUGGUUUUAUUUAACAAACAAACAACCCAUAUGAGCCUGUUUUUUUUUUUUUUUUUAAGGGCUUCAUAUUGUGUGCUUUCAUGUUUUGUUUUUUACUCCUUUUGCAAAUAUCAUUUUUGUUGUCUCGGUUCUUUUCAAUUGUGGCUUUUACAGAUGUACCAACUGCCUCUUUCUUUUGUUGUGAUACCUUAUUUAAUUUUUUUUACAUUGCUAUUUUUUUGGAACCCUCCUGAGUCUGUGGUUAACGAUGGCUGUGAGAGUGCGAUCUCAUACACUUAUUGGAGUGUGGGUUUUGCUGCUGCUGUGCCGGUAGCAGGAAUACUACUGUUCACGCACGGUUAACAAGCACCACAGCUCUUAGUCCUACAUUUGCUCAUACGCUCGAUAACAUUCCAACACUAAACUAUAACACUAGGGACGCAUUCCCCACACUAUUAUACAGAACCCCACUACAGACCCGGGGCCUGUUCCCUAGGGUGGAUUGUUUUGGAACGCUUCCGUGAUCAAUCUUUUGCAUAGAGCUGGCAGAUUCUUGGUUCCGCAUGUUAAACAUUAAUCGUCUGUUCUAUCAGCAAUGCUCUGAACCUCCUAUACCACUAACAAUAACACUAGUUCAGUCAGUACUUGCUGUUACACUAGCCAGAACAAUGUGCUGUACGUAUGGACCCAAAAGGCAUUGGUUGAAAAAGAGGGGUUGGUUUUCUGUAGAAAUUACACUUAUGUUUCGGGAGAGUUGGAUUCCUCAGAGGUAACUCAAGUAUGAACAGACGGUAGGACCAGACUUGAGCAUAGACUAGGGGGGGAAAUGAAAAGCACAUUUUGGGAGCAUUUUUUUUGUAUUUUUUUAUAUAUACUUUGACUUUUCAUUUUGUGUCUGUGUUUUGGGUUUUUUAAUAUUGUUUUCUGAUUUGGGAAUGGUUGUUGGGAGUGGUGGGUGAAGCAUUAUGCAAUCUCUAUUCUACUUUUUUAUUUGAUUCUGCUUUUGUAACUUUUCUUUAAUGGCAAAGGAGACUACUCAACUUUUUUGUUUUUUUUAUAUCGUUGCCACAUGCGUCGUUUCUCUGUAGCAUUGCCUAUUCAUGUACAAAUAUGAUAAACUUGCCUUUGCUCUGAAAAGUUUCAUUUUCUUCAGUAAGAGUAUGUAACUGGCAAUGCUGUUUUUAUAAAAUAAAGAUCUUUUCUCAGA